AUGGCGGUGUGUGCCCGGCUCUGUGGGGUGGGUUCGUUGGGCUGCUGCGGCGGGCAGCAGCGCAAGGGCUCGGCUGAGGCGGCGGGGGCGGCGGGCGAGAGCGAACCCGACACUGACCCGGAGGAGGAGAGGAUCGAGGGCGCCCCGGCCAUGCCCAAGCCGCCGGGGGCCUGCGGGGCCGCGGGGCACGGGGGCGCGGGGGACCCGGGGGCGGGCCUGGCGCCGGGGGGCCCGGCCUCAGCCUGCCCGCAGCCCCCUGCGGCCCCGGCGCGCUGUUCGCUCCUCGAGUUGCCUCCCGAGCUCCUAGUGGAGAUCUUCGCCUCCCUGCCCGGAACCGACCUGCCCAGCUUGGCCCAGGUCUGCACCAAGUUCCGGCGCAUCCUCAACACCGACACCAUCUGGAGGCGGCGCUGCCGGGAGGAAUAUGGUGUAUGUGAAAACUUACGGAAGCUGGAGAUUACCGGUGUAUCCUGUCGAGAUGUCUAUGCCAAGCGUAUAAAUCCACGAGUGAAGUCAGGACGUUUUAUGAAAAUUCUCCCCGAUUACGAGCACAUGGAGUACAGAGAUGUUUACACCUGCCUGCUUCACCGAUAUAGACAUAUUUUGGGAUUGUGGCAACCAGACAUUGGGCCAUAUGGAGGGCUGUUGAAUGUUGUGGUAGAUGGUUUAUUUAUCAUUGGUUGGAUGUAUCUGCCUCCCCAUGACCCCCAUGUUGAUGACCCCAUGAGAUUUAAACCUCUAUUUAGGAUUCACUUAAUGGAAAGAAAGUCUGCAACUGUUGAGUGUAUGUAUGGUCACAAAGGGCCCCAUAACGGCCAUAUUCAGAUUGUAAAGAAGGAUGAGUUUUCUACCAAGUGCAACCAGACAGAUCAUCACAGGAUGUCUGGUGGUAGACAAGAGGAAUUCCGGACAUGGCUGAGAGAAGAAUGGGGGCGGACCUUGGAAGACAUUUUCCAUGAACACAUGCAGGAGCUUAUUCUGAUGAAGUUCAUAUAUACCAGUCAAUAUGACAAUUGUCUGACGUAUAGGCGGAUCUACCUCCCUCCUCGAAGGCCCGAUGACCUCAUCAGGCCAGGCCUCUUCAAGGGGACUUAUGGGAGUCACGGCUUAGAGAUCGUCAUGCUGAGCUUCCAUGGGAAAUGUGCCAAAGGAACAAAGAUCACAGGAGAUCCCAAUAUUCCAGCUGGCCAGCAGACUGUAGAAAUUGACCUCAUGCACCGAAUUCAGUUGCCUGACGUCGAGAACCUGCGUAACUUUAAUGAGCUCUCUCGUAUCAUCCUGGAGGUACGAGAGCAAGUCCGUCAGGAGCAGCAGCAGCAGGAGGGGCAGGAGGAAGGGCAGAGCCGUGCCCGUCCGAGCACCAGAGAAGGCCCGCCAGGGCCUGCUUACCAGAAGCCGGAGCCGCCCAUGCCCACUCCCUCUCGGGCCGCAGAAGGAGGAGGUGAGACUGAGAAGGGGGUGGAAGCCUCCGGAGGGGUGCCACCAGCAGCCCCAGACCCGGCUCCAUCUGAGGCUGGGCAGCCUUUUGUGCUACCCGCAGGAGUGAUCUCCAGAAAUGAAGACUACCCUCGAACCUGUCGGAUGUGUUUCUAUGGCACAGGUCUGAUAGCAGGACAUGGCUUCACCAGCCCGGAGCGGACUCCAGGCAUCUUCAUCUUGUUUGACGAGGAUCGCUUUGGGUUUAUCUGGCUGGAACUGAAAUCCUUCAGCCUUUACAGCAGGAUCAAGGCCACUUUCCAGAAUGCCGAGCCCCCUUCCCCAGAAGCUUUUGAUGAAAUGCUCAAGAAUAUUCAGUCAUUGACAACUUGAUGAUCUACUUCUCAUCAAAGAGGGAGGCUCGCUGGAAGGGAAUAUCUCAUCUCCUUUGGCUUCUGGAGGAUGAGAUAAGACUUGCAGACAUUGGUAUCUAUGACUCAAAGCAGCAUGCACUUUUGAAAUAAGGCCUUUUUACCAAAAUGCACACUUUAUUGUCAAAGGAGUAUAAAUUCACGCACCCUUCCUUGAAGUACUUUCUAUGUAGUAUGUAAUAUAGACCUGUAUAUUUGCCAGUAACCUUUGGAGAAGAACAUUGAGCAUGUCGCCACUUACACAGAACAAAACUCAAUCAUAACCAGAUUGAGAGAAACAGUCCAGGUAGUUGUGAAGCUGCUAGCUUGAGGGAGGUGAGCCUGUCUUUGGCUCCAGGCAGUUUUCCAGGGAAAACAAAAACCUGUUUCAGGGAAGUUGGUACUAUCAUGUUCGAACUCUCUUAUUGUAAUCAGGAGAGGAUUGAUCAGAAAAUGGAUGCCCCAAUGGCUUUUAGACUUUGGACAAAACACUUAACCUCCAGCCUGUGCUUCUCCAUUUGUAAAAUGAAGCUUAUAUUUGUCACUUGAAUGUUAGAGUGUUCUGAGAUUCUUGGAGGAGCAGCCCCAAACAAAUACAGAGUAGGGUUAGAAGAAGAAAAUGGAGUCCGUUCCCCCUCUUACUGUACACAAAGCUUGCCUUGUACUCUGUAUCAUUCAUACUCUAGUUCAGAUGACCAUCUUCACAGUCACUUCCAUGUCUAACUAAAGCUAACAUUACAUUGAUUUUUAUAUUAUGCUAUGCUUGAUACACCUGUGUGGUGAUACUAGGAAUGAAACAUUGGGCCAGAUAAUUCUCUGAGUGCAAAGUGUAAGGGAUAUACCUAGAGAUUUCCAUCUUAGACCAUCACAUUACAGUCACUAUUGUAAUCUCUUUAGAUUGGUGCUGGGUUCGACUAAAAUUGUUUAGCAACUGAAAUGGAUGCACCUCGAAGGCCUUUUGUUUGUAUAUGAAUUAAGUCCUCGAGUUUGAGAAAUAUUGUCCCAACAUAUUGAAUAUUUUGUGAAUUACAAAUAGUGAGUACUAUCUGUCCCUUGAGUGUUCUUUACUAUCUGAAACUCUUAUGGAUAGUCUUGUCUCAUGAUAGAAUAAAUACUCAUCCAUUUUCAAGACCCUGUUUUAAUGUUGCCAUUGAUUUUACUGUUAAGAACUAUGACUAAAUGCCAGGCUUCACAUUUUGCUUUUAUAUUUUUAAGCCUUUUCUUUUGUCUCAAUAUAGGCAAGUAGGACAUUUCCCUACACUGAAGAGAUUCUUUUAUUUUUGUUUGUUAUUGUGUGUGGGGCACAUGUGCUUGGUAAGAAUUCUCUUCGAUUACCCUGGCCAGUAUAUUCUAUUUGGCAGUUGGACAUAUGGAAGAGGUAGUAAUUUGAUAUGGUGUCUUUGCUGACCCUUGCCUUAGAUAUUUCUCUGAAACUCCCCUUCUGUAUUUUUGUUUUUUGGUAAUAGUUCCUGACUGGCAUUUUUCAAUUUGAAACAAGGUCAUCCCAAACUUCAUAUCCUAGGCACUGUCCUUAAUCAGCUUAAGCUUUAUUAUUCUUAGAUUCUCUUUAAACCCUGAGAAUAGGGUUUUGAAAAAUUAUUUUGAAGAGCCUUUCUUUGUACCUAAAGAGAGUGUCGUUAGAGUGUAUGUUGAGAUGCGUAACAAGGCUCUGGUUCAGACCAAGUGCCUCUGGUUAUCUUUGCCACCCAGGAGUUUAAAAGCAUCUAUGCCCAAGCACUUUUUAAAAUUGGAUUUUUCUGUCAGUGAAGCAGUGAAGUGAAGCCUGCUGCAGAAAUGAAAUGUUUUGUACCAGACAUUUUUUGCUUUUUUUCUUGAUAAGACCAACUGUAAGCCUUAGAAUCUUUUCUCAUCCUGAUAUUUUAGGCAGUGGUUAUGGAGAAAGUAAAAAGCCUAAGGGUAGUUAGGGUGCUAAUUGUGUGUACCUUUUAGGUUUCAAUAAAUCCAAUUAAAAAGAUAUUUUUGAAUAAGAUACUUAAUACCUGAUCUCCCAAGAUCACUGACUCCCUCAGAGUGAACUUAAAUAAACCCUUUAUAAUGUAUGUUUUGUUCUCUCCCUCUUUGGACUGUGUCAGUAAGGGAGUCCCAAGACCAUUUAUUAAAAUAGCCUAGGUAACAGCCCAUCCUUGGACUGGGAAUCUCUGUUUUGGCUGAGGAACAGCUUAUGUUGGGCUUGAAGGAAUGCUGCGGCCAUCAAGAGCAGUUGUUUGCUUCAGGUGGGCCAGCACCUUCCAAGCUGGCAUUUUUCCACAGAGGACAAUCUGUACCAAUUACGAGGGUGCUUUGGUUUCUCAGAUGCCAUCAUUUUAAUAAUUAUGUUCUUUCAUUCUUUAAUGGCUUGAUUUUUUUUUUUUUGCUUUUUUAAGGCUAGAUUAAUAUGUGAGAAAUUACCAUAAAAAAAUUACAUGUGGAAAUUAUUAUACCUAUAAGCUUCCAAAUACCAGAAAGUCCCAUUAUGGCACAGUUGUUUAAUCACACUAAUUUUGAAAUUUAUGGUUAGCUUUUAUUUUUUGCUGAGGUGAGAAUUUGAUCCAGAUUGCCAACAAAGGCCAAAACUUUGUUGAUCAAACAUUUGAUGAGAAUUUCAGUUUUCCUGUGGAAAAACUAGAACAGAUGGCACUUUCUACAGCAUGCAAUUCUCUUUAUGGUUAGGUUUAAGAUCCUCCAUGAAAUCACAUGAUAUGGGCUUCAGUUUUAGGGGAAAUUAGUAGUUCCAUCUGGAGAGUUCUUGGCUUCUGCAACCUGAUUUUGCAUCAGUGAUGACAUUUAUUUGUAAAUUCUGCUCCUUUUGCAGCAUAGUAAUAGUUUGGGAGUGAGAUGGAUUUACUGUAAAUCUCUUGAUACUUGAACACAGCCCAUUUUCAUUUAUUUUCUUGGGGUUUGAGAGUUGAUGUGACCUAACCUGACCAGUCGUUACUGAAUUUUCUGCUUAUAGACCAUGAAUGGAAAUGUUGAAUUUGGCAUAUAGGUUAUGCGAUGGUGGUUUGCAAGGAUAUCACUCCUUGACUAGUUGGGCCCUCACUUGGAAGGUAAACAUAGAUUAGCAUUUAUACCAAGAGUAAUUUAAGCGGGUCUGUUUUGGCAGCAAUCUUUCCAUUGAACUUUGUGCCCAUCUUUGAGGUGUACUUUUCAGGCUAAAAGUUCAGCUGAUUUUAUCAACUCUUCUCUUCUCUGAUCCUUCCCCUCAUUUAGACUUAAAUUGUUUAAAUAUAUUCAGCAAGUUAGGAGAAGAGGGUUGAGCAGGGUUCUAGAAAGGUUUUCAGCCUGUGUAGAAAUAGCCCCGCUUCAUUUUAUGUAGUUCUUUGAGAACUUGGGAAAAUGGCCUACUUGACUGGAAGUAAAACCUUAUGUGUUCAGAAGUUUUCUUUUCCACUGAUUCUUCUGGUCCUGGGGAGGGAAGUGAGGAGUUAUUGGGGUCCACCAAGAAAGGUCUCUCUUGGGACCAGAUGAAUUUUGCAAAAUCAUGAUUAUUUGACAGCUACUUUUCAUCAUCCGGAUCAAAUGAAAUAAUAUAUAUAAAGUGCUUUGUAAACCUUAAAGUGCUAUAAAAAAUGUUAACCAUUAUUUCCUGUGUGGCCCAGGUGUUUUUGGGAUUCACCCAUCCUUCUGUGCUUCAUUGUUUGACCACUUUUCUGCUUAUUUGUAGUUAGGAAGAAACAGUGAAUAUAGGUGAGUCUGAUAUGGGCUUCUCACUGGGGGCCAGGUCUGUUGUUAGUUGCUAGGGGGGUGUUUUGGGAACCAAACCAGAUUAGGUUUUUAGAUUGAUUUUAGUUCAUUUGUCCUCUGGUCAUGUAUAGUUGAACUAGUUGUUUGGUGUGGUAGUAGGAUUAAGAUAAAAAUUGUUAAAGAAAUCGAUUCAUGUGAUUAAUGGAAUUAUGUUUUAAGAAAAUCAAUAGUGUUAAAACUGUCAAAAUCAUUUCUAAUGAUGUGUUCACAAACGGUGUCCCAGCUUUAAAAAAUUCUCAGGAGAAAUGGUCCUAUCACUCUUGAGAUAGGGGUGCUGUCUCCCUCUUCCCUUCUCUUGCUCCAGUCCUCUUGUUAAUUUAGGGGUUCUUAACCUAUUGUCACAGAUCCUUUUGACAGUCUGGCUGAGCCUAUGGGCUUUUGUGUAGAAUAAUAUUUAAUUACCUGUAUCCCAAAUUAGAGGAAAUGCUGAAUUUCAGUUGAGGUUAGAGAAGAUAAAGAUGUAAUUUAUUUUAUUUUAUCUUAUUUUAUUUUAUUUUUUACUUUCCAAGUUCAGAGACUCCCUGUAAUCUAUUUCUAGGCCCCAGGUAAAGAACCAGGAUUUCCUCAGUUAAUUGAAAGCAUAUUUAAGACAACUAACUUAUUUUCCUCUCUGAGGCAAGAAAUUCAAAAUUGUAUGUUCAAAGAUAUGCUAGAAGAUCAUAGAUGAUGUAGGUUUGAAUGCUUAUUGUGAGUGAUGGUGGGUUUAGUUCUAAAUUAUCACAUAGCAGGUGUAAUUUAAGUGUUAAAUUUUUACAAAAUAAUUAUAAAUGUACCACCUUCAAGGCAGAAAAAAGGCUGAGAUAUUUAUGAGUAGCCUUUGAACACACAGGAGUUGACACCUUUAAUACUAGCUGGUACUUCUAACUCUCAGAACUCAAUAUUGAUUUAUAAGGAGAGCCAGCAGAAGCCAAGGUAUAUGAAUUUGGUUUUUUUGUUGAUGUAGUUAAGGUAAAGUUGUUAAACUUGGUCUGAUUGACAGGUAUCCUACAUUAAAGACUUGGUAGGGUAGGAGAAACAAAGUGGGCUUGGGAGAGAAGAAGAAGGAGACAGCUCUAUGUUCUUUCCUUAAAGGCCUUGAUUUAUAAAAAAUUCUGAAAUUGAAGGCAUCGUCCAGCAUCUUUUCAAACCCUGUAACCAGUCUGCUUAGUCAGGUCAGGGCUUUUUUUUUUUUUUUUUAAGGGGGUUCCCUCUGGCCAAAGCAGCACUCAUUUGGCCAUGGAUUUCUCUGGAUCCUCCAUGAUGAGGGGUUUUCUGUGUGUGUGGGGGAGGGAAUGGGAGGGAGGGAGGGAGGAACCUUUCUGGAUUCAUGGAGCUUCUGUACUUUUUACAUUAGACUGUUGUUACAUGGGGAGCUGUUUGAUUUUUUUCCCUUUUCAGUUUUCAAUAAAUGAAUUUUAAACA